AUGGCUACCAAACAACAGAGCCAAAACGCCAUCACUCUCAAAGGGUCUGCGAAAUUGGUUAUGGACUAUUUAAAUUUUGGAAUAAACAGUAUUCUUUUUCAACGGGGAAUAUACCCACCAGAAUCUUUCAAAACAGAAGAACAUUUUGGACUGUCGAUUCUUGUGUCAACCGAUAAUAAAAUUCAACAGUUCCUACAACCCGUUCUCAAUCAAAUGAAAGAUUGGUUGUUAGAACAAAAAAUUCAAAAUAUGUCAAUGGUAAUAUCCAAUGUUAACACCAAAGAAGUGAUGGAACGCUGGGAUUUCAAAUUGCAGUAUGAAGGAUCUGGUGAUUCAAACCCAGAUUCAGUUGGAAAUAAAGAGCUAACAACAAUCCAAAAAGAAAUUAGAGACGUACUGAGGCAAAUUUGUUCUACUGUUAGUUUUUUACCUUUACUUGACUGUCCAUGUGCUUUUGAUUUGCAAAUAUACACUAAACCUGAUGUAGAUGUACCACAAGAAUGGUCUGAAACGGCUCCUAGUUAUAUUGCUAAUUCUCAAGAGCUACAGUUACGAUCAUUUUCAACUUCAUUGCAUAGAAUGGAUACUGUUGUGAGUUAUAAAGCAGACUUUUAA